AUGCUCCACGCCGUCCAUAUCAGGUAUCCUUUUUUCUCAUUUCACACCCCUUAAUGAUCAUUUUUCGGCAGAUUGUUAACUGUAUUGAUCAAUUUUUGCUUGAUAACGGUCAUAUUUGCCUCGGCUUCGGUUUUUUGCAAGAAAAAGCGGCCGCACCCGAAAUCGCCGCCCAUGUUUUCGAAUGAGACGAAAAGUGAAGAGGCUCACAAUAAUAAGAAGGAUAACAAGGAUAAAUCGACUCAGUCUCAUCAGGAAAAGGUCGGUGGGAUCUUUUUUUAAAGGCGCAGGGUGGAGCUUAGGAAGUCUUCGGGUUCUUUUUAAAGGCGCAGGGUGGAGCUUAGGAAGUCUUCGGGUUCUUUUUAAAGGCGCAGGGUGGAGCCUAGGAAGUCUUCGGGUUCUUUUUAAAGGCGCAGGGCGGAGCCUAGGAAGUCUUCGGGUUCUUUUUAAAGGCGCAGGGCGGAGUCUAGGAACUCUUCGGGUUUUUUUAUAAAGGCGCAGGGGGAGUCUAGGAAGUCUUCGGGUUCUUUUUAAAGGCGCAGGGGCGGAGUCUAGGAAAUCUUCGGGUUCUUUUUAAAGGCGCAGGGCGGAGCCUAGGAAGUCUUCGGGUUCUUUUUAAAGGCGCAGGGCGGAGUCUAGGAAGUCUUAGUUUUCGUUAAAUCGCAAACCGCUACUCCCUGACGUCACUUAAUGACAUCAUUCGGAUCACAAGAAAUAAGCGUAAUCCAAAUAUUUGGCUAUAUAUUUAUUUCAUUCACGUGAAAAAAUUGAAGAAUAGGAAGAGCCUAAAAUGCGCCUUUGCAUAAAAACUGCGCCCGGAUUGCGUUUGUCAACGUUUUGACUUUUGUGUAGGGUCCGCAAACCAUUUCUUCAUGCCGUGUUCAAAGUAAUUUCCGCGAAAUGCGAAAUUGUCUCUGACCCUCCAAAAUUUAGUUAUCUUUCUCUUUCUCUGACGGCUAUUUUGAAUUUCGCGGAAUCACUUUGAACACGGCAUCAGAACGAUUCAAAAAAUAUGUUUUUCACACUGUUCGAUAGAGGAAACUGUCCAUUUUCAUAAUCCGUUUAGUUUUUGAAAAAAGGUCUGCUAAGAAAAAAGUUAUGGCCAAAAAACGAGCGCGCGCGGCGUACAACUGGAGGCAAAAUCUCACGGUUUACCCGCUGCCGCACGCUUUCUUUUUAAAUGAUUUCGCGCAUUUCUGAACCGUUUUCAAAUCGGUUUUUUGUUCUGAGAGGUUGUCAGAAUUGAGCUUAACGUUUUGGUAUGAAUCUUUUGUAUAACUAUCAUGAGAAUUUUUGAUAAAAUAUCAAAAAACUACUUAGAAAGAAGGUCAGAAGGAAUUUUUAGCUUAUUUUUUUCUUUUUUUCUAAUCAGAAAAAUUAUUAUCAUUCGAUUUGGAAGAAAGAAAAAAUGAAAAAUAAUGUUAUUUCGAAAUACAACAGGAAAAAGUUCAAUUUGACUCCGAAAAACGGCUCCUGCAAAGUUUUCAACCAAAAGGGGAUUUUUAGAUGUGAUAAUUUUCUGUUUCUCAUGUGACUGGAAAAAUUUUCACGUCGAAUCUAAUUUUAUAAAUUUGAAACGUGAAAAAUAAAUCAAAGAAUAUGACUUCGUGUGCGAAUCGCCAAGUCAAAAUGACGUCAUGUCAGGGAGUAGCGGUUUGCGAUUUAACGCGAAGUGGAAGUCUUCGGGUUUUGCAACGAUUUUUUUAUAUUCUCUGCGCUAUAGUCAGUUUUCACGUGUCUGCGUCUCUCUGUUCCCUCAUCGGCGAGGUCAGAGAAACAUGGAAAUAGCACGUAAACAUGAGAGAGGCGUCGAGAGAUAAGGAGAGCGCAGAGAAAAACAGCAGUUCCAAGUCGCGAGCAACUACAUAUCCAGAACGCACAAGUUUCAAACUGCAUUCUCCGUUAUUUUGAGCCGUCUAACUGUCUGGACUCUCUUUUUCCCUUAAUGAGAAGCUCUGGAGGGGCUCGGGUACCAGAAAAACAUUCCGAGUUCAAAAAUCCGUCUUUUCUCGGUUUUUUGAAAGUAUAGAAAUAAAAAGCUCUAGAAUAGUCCAUUCAUCAGAUCUAACCAUAGAAGACUCAAAAAAACGCAAAAACAACGCUAUUUUGAUCAGUCUGACUUUCUGCACUCUCUUGUUCCCUCGGGAGAGCUGAGAGGGAAAAGGAGAGUGCAGACAGUUAGACGUCCUCAAGCAACUGUGAAUGGACUAUAGAGCUGAUUCUCGGCCAGCUUGGGACGCUAGGGAGGCGUUCUCCAUCAACGAGGCACUGUCUCUUUUCUUUUCGUGUCAGGACCCUUUUUUCGAUGGCUCAAGCCAGUCGUGAAACAACUAUAACUAAAAUUGGUUCGAAAAACUCAAGAUCAUAAUUUUUCUGAUAGUAGUCGCUUUCCAACCAAAAUAGCUAUUUCAGAAGAAAAAGAACGCCUUGAAAAGUGUGCACGGGCUGUGUCCGGCGCACUCAAACCUCAAAGGACAGAACAAAUCGACGAAAUGCACGCCCAACUGUCAUUUGUUGCCAAAGAAGACGGAUUCGAUCGAGGAUCUCGCGAACAAGGCGACGCCGACGUUGAACAACGCUCCACCGGACGCCGCUUCCUUGGUUUUCGAGCAGCCGACGCAGUUGGAGAGCCGCGAGAUGCUCGUUUCCAGUUUGGGUACGGUUUUUGGGAGAAUAGGCUGGGAGAGCAGCGGGUAGCUGCCAAAGUCGAAAGUGAGAAGAAUGGGUGCAAAAUGGCUGCUAAAAGGGUUCCGUUUUGCGGCCUUUUUUGAGCCUUUUUUCCUUAGUGGGCUGAAAAAAGGGUGCAAAAUGGGCGCUAAAAGGGUUCCGUUUUGCGGCCUUUAUUGAGCCUUUUUUCCUUAGUGUGCUGAAAAAAGGGUGAAAAAAGGGUGCAAAAAGGGUGCUGAAAGGGUUCCAUUUUGCGGCCUUUAUUGAGCCUUUCUAUGAGAGAUAAAAAACCUUAAAAAGGGGGUGAAAAAAGAGUGCUGAAAGGGUCCCGUUUUGCGACCUUUAUUGAGCCUUUUUUCCUUCGUGCGUUCAAAAAAGGCUCAAAAAAGGGUGCAAAAAGGGUGCUGAAAGGCUCUAUUUCCGAUUUUAUUACUAUAGCACAUUUUGGUUCAUACACAGUCACUGGUGAAGAUAAUUCUCAAUUCCAAAAAAUAAAUUUUGUCUCCAAAGGGGUCCAAAAAGGGUGGAUAAAGGCUGAUGAAAGGGCGGAAAAAGGCAGUAAAAAGGAAACCUUUCCCACUCAUUUAGGAUCAAUUAAAGGACCCCUUUUGCAACCAUAAUGGUCCCUCAAGGGCCCGUAAAAGGUCCUUCCGAUUUUUCUAUGUUUUCUGUCGCCUGAAAGGCCCUGAGGUCAAUCCUGGAUGACCCCCUCCCCCCGUUUUAUUUCUAAAAUCAUUUCAACAAAAUUUUUUUACAGUCAUGAAAAGAAGGCCUGUGGAUGAUAGACGAAGUCAGACGAGGAAGAAAGUCAAAACGGAUAAGACGAGAAAAGAAAAGAAUAAUGGAGGCGGCGGCGGCGAGCUAAGGGAUGAGGAGGAAUCUAGCGGAGUCGUUUAUGACCAAGAAUCUACAAGAAAAAGUCUGUAUUUUUUUUUUGGCUUGGUCGCACGGAGAAUGGCUUGCCUUCAACGCUUCAAGAUGCCUUUAAGCGCAAGUCGUUUCUGGUCGGGCGCAGUUUUCGUACCCUUGGACCAUUCUGCGCGCGAGCAUGGCUUGGAAUUGUAUUGAAGCUUCUGCUCGUACGAAGAAUGGCUCAGCGCUACAAGGUGCCUUCAAGCGCAAGUCGUUUCUGGUCGGGUGCAGGCUCGAAUAAUUCGCACCCUUGAGCCUUUCUUCGCUUAACCUUGGCUUUUAAUCUCAAUGGAGCGCCCAGUCGCACGAAGAAUAGCUCAGAGCUUUAAAAUGCCUUCAAGCGCAAGUCGUUCCUGGUCGGGUGCAGACUCUAUUUAUUCGUACCGUCGAGCCACUUUUUGCGCGAGCAUGGCUUGGAAUUGUAUUGAAGCUCUGAUCGCACGUAAAAUGGCUCAAGCCGUCUUUCAAAUGCUUAAAGGUGCCCCUAUGCGCAAGUCGUUUCUGGUCGGGUGCAGGCUCAAAUCAUUCGUACCCUUGAACCAUUCUUCGCGCAACCUAGGCUUUUAAUCUCAAUGGAGCACCUGAUCGCAAGAAGAAUGGCUCAGCGCUACAAGGUGCCUUCAAGCGCAAGUCGUUUCUGGUCGGGUGCAGGCUCGAAUAAUUCGCAUCCUUGGACCAUUCUUCGCGCAACCUUGGCGUUCGAUCUCAAUGGAGCGCCUGAUUGCACGAAUAAUGGCUCAGAGCUUCGAGAUGCAUUCAAGCGCAAGUCGUUUCUGGUCGGGUGCAGACUCUAUUUAUUCGUUCCGUCGAGCCAUUUUUCGCGCGAGCAUGGCUUGGAAUUUUAUUGAAGCUUCCGAUCGCACGGAUAAUUAUUCAAGACGUCUUUCAAAUGCCUAAAGGUGCCCCUAUGCAAAAGUCGUUAUAUGUCGGGCGCAGUCUUGAUGAACUCCUACCGUUCUCCGUGCGACCUGGAUUUUCAUAUUUUUGACAGGCCUUGGUCGCACUUAGAAUGGCUCACUGCCAAUUAUUUGUCUCCAUGCGAAAGUCGUUUCAAGGUCGGGCGCAACCUAUACAAAUUUCUGCAUUGAACCAUUCCCCGUGCGACCUGGGAUUUUCCUCUCUUGGCCGCACGAAGAAUGGCUCAAGACGUCUUUCUAAUGCUUUCAAGAUUCCCCUAAGCGAAAGCCGUUUCAAGGUCGGGCGCAAUCUUGACAAAUUUCUGCGUUGAACCAUUCCCCGUGCGACCUGGGAUUUUUCUCUCUUGGCCGCACGAAGAAUGGCUCAAUGCUCUUCUUCAACGCUUCGAGAUACAUUCAAGCGCAAGUCGUUUCGAGGUCGGGCGCACGCUUCAUUGAGUUCUUGCCUGGGAUGAGCUGGAGCUGCGACUUCAACUUUCCAAGAUGCAUAAAUGCGGAAACCGUUUCGGGUCGGGUGGAAGCUUAGUUUUUACCGCGUCGCUUUGAGCCAUUCCUCAUGCGACCACGGCGUUUCAAGCUGAUUCACAAAAAAAAAAAAUGUAUUUUAAGGAAUGAAGUCCAAGUCGGAAGUGGCGUCCGUCGUUUCUCAAAAUAACAGGGGCCAAGUUCAAAUGGAUGAGAACAAUCAAUACGAUUUUUUGUGA